UCGCGGAGGGUGGGGACCGGGCCCCGGCGUCCCCGCCAGGCCCAGGCUCGGGCUUCCGCGGCGUCCUUGCGGCCGGCGGAAGGUGUCGCAGCGGCCGAGCAGAGGUGGCAGCCUGCGCAGUCCUGAGCGCCGCCGCGGUGAAUCUAGGAUCCAGCUUCCAAAAUGUGGCAGUUCUUGCCUGCUCUGAGCUGCCUGGUGAUGCUGACCAGUGCCUGGAGCAGGCCAGAUUUCCAGACCCUGGCAGACGAGCUGGUCAACUAUGUUAACAAACGUAACACCACAUGGAAGGCCGGACACAACUUCCGCAACGUGGACUUGAGCUACCUGAAGAGGCUGUGUGGCACCGUGCUGGGCGGGCCCAAGCUGCCGCAGAGAGUUUGGCUGGCGGAGGACAUGGUUCUGCCUGAAAACUUCGAUGCCCGGGAACAGUGGCCGAACUGCCCGACCAUCAAAGAGAUCCGAGACCAGGGCUCCUGCGGCUCCUGCUGGGCAUUUGGGGCUGUGGAAGCCAUUUCUGACCGGAUCUGUGUCCGCACCAGCGGGCGUGUCAACGUGGAGGUGUCCGCCGAGGACUUGCUGACCUGCUGCGGUGACCAGUGUGGGGAUGGCUGUAACGGGGGCUUUCCUGCUGCGGCCUGGAACUUCUGGACGAAAAAGGGCCUGGUUUCCGGGGGCCUCUACGACUCUCAUAUAGGCUGCAGACCCUACUCCAUCCCCCCCUGUGAGCACCACGUGAAUGGCUCCCGGCCCUCGUGCACGGGGGAGGGGGACACCCCCAAGUGCAGCAAGAUGUGUGAGCCCGGCUACACCCCAUCCUACAAGGAAGACAAGCACUAUGGAUGCAGCUCCUACAGCCUCUCCAGCAGCGAGAAGGAGAUCAUGGCGGAGAUCUACAAGAACGGCCCGGUGGAGGCCGCCUUCUCCGUGUACUCGGACUUCCUGCUCUACAAGUCUGGAGUGUACCAGCACGUCACCGGAGACAUGAUGGGAGGCCACGCAGUGCGCAUCCUGGGCUGGGGAGUGGAGGAUGGCACGCCCUACUGGCUGGUGGGCAACUCCUGGAACACUGACUGGGGAGACAGCGGCUUCUUCAAGAUCCUCAGAGGCCAGGAUCACUGUGGAAUUGAGUCGGAAAUCGUGGCUGGAAUCCCAUGCGCUGAUCAGUACUGAAGAUCUAAGCUGCUAAGGGCCUGUCCUGCCAGCCCUGGGACAUAUAUAUCUUCCCUAAAUACAGCCAGUUGGGCUGGGGAUGAGAAGAGGGGUAGGAAUGUGUUUUUAUUCUUUGAGUUCAGAUAAGAGACAGGGAGUUAGGCCUGAAGGACUGGAUGGGGUCACCUCCUGGCUACCUCCCCCGGCCUGGCCAGCGGAUUGCUGUCAUACCGCCAACACUUAGGCCCCGUAAGCCACUGCUGCAAGCAAAACAGGUCCCCCCACCCAGACUGGUGCUGUGUACUUCCUGCAGCCCCGGCGUGCUGUCUCCACCUGCAUGCCCCACCCCUACCCCACCUCUGUGCACGGCCAGGCAGCCAGGCAGACCAACGGGGUUACAGGUGUCCAAGGGCAUGGGAAGUGCAGCCCUUCAGACAAGUCCCCACAUGUCGGCAGUACCUCUAAGCAAGAACUUCCUAGAUUUGGAGUAGGUCAAGAGAAAUAAUGGAACAGCCCUUCGGAGAAGGUCCUUCUCCCAGGCCGUGUUGAGCUUUGCAGUGUUGCUAACCCUCUCUGGUCUUGUGCUUGGCAUGGUUUAAUAGGAAUUUUGUGUUUUGUACACCUCAGCUGAUCAUGUAAAUCAAAGUGGGAAGAGCUGUACUAGUUUCACAGACUCUCAAAACACACAACUGGAUGGUCGUGACUUGGCUGACCUACUGACCUCUAGUGCCACAGCGAGACUAGUUUGGGAGAAACCAGCUUUUACCCGUUAAGAUAUCACUUCAUGCUGUUAAUUUAACAAGGAAUGGCUGUGCCAAUAAAAGGUUUCUCCUUCA